UAUAUCGAUCAAUCGUAGCUCAGUUGCGCUUCUCGGCCACAGCAGAAAAUUGUCGCUAUUAUCGCAAGUAUCGCAACAAAACCUCAAAGUGAGAAAUGGCACAUGAAAGGAAACAGGUAGAAAAUAAUAUUACUAAACCGAUCUUCUGCGAGUUAUCUGCCAACGAGUUAGAGCCGGAAAUUACAGAGAUCGAGAGCCUAUGCACGGAUUGCGGCAAAAAUGGAAUCACCAAGCUGUUGCUCACCAAAAUUCCACAUUACAAGGAUGUGGUGCUUAUGUCCUUCGAUUGUGAACACUGUGGUUAUCAGAAUAACGAAAUACAAAAUGCUGGCAAGAUAGGGGAGAAGGGGAUCAAAAUAACACUGCGUGUCUCAUCACAACAAGAUUUAAAUCGUCAAGUGGUUAAGUCUGACUACACCAGUAUUUAUAUUCCCCAUGUGGAUUUCGAAAUUCCUGCACGUUCCCAAAAAGGUGAAGUUACAACAGUGGAGGGCAUAAUAAAUAGGAGCAUUGCUGCAUUAGAACAGGAUCAACCGAGGCGCCGGGAAGAAUUUCCGGAUACUGCAGUCGCGAUAGAUCUAUUUAUUAGCAAAUUACAUACACUAAAAAUAUUAGACGAGCCUUUCACCAUCAUCUUCCAAGAUAUCUCAGGAAAUAGUCAUGUGGAAAAUCCAAAAGCACCACUCAAGGAUAAUGGAUGUACCAUAACAUAUUUCAAGAGAACAAAAGAGCAGAAUCAUAUGUUAGGAUUUUUCUCUGACAAUGAGGAUGCUUUGCUCAAGCCAAUACAGGAAGGAGAAUAUUCUCUAGAGCAAUUUGAAGGCGAAGUAAUGACUUUCCCCACCAAUUGCCCAGAUUGUAACAGUCCUUGUGAAACAAACAUGAAACUGACAAACAUACCACAUUUCAAGGAGGCCGUCAUAAUGGCCACACUUUGCGAGCAUUGUGGUCACAGAACUAACGAAGUCAAAAGCGGCAGCGGGAUCGAAGAUCAAGGAGUUAGAAUCGAAGUAACAGUCACGGGUAAGGAGGACUUCGGCCGCGAUUUGCUCAAGUCUGAGACUUGCGACAUGGAGAUACCCGAGCUCGAGCUGGAAGUCGGCCCGGCGACUUUGGGCGGUCGUUUCACGACCGUCGAAGGUAUCAUAGCAGCGAUGAAGGAACAGCUGUCCACAUCCACGGCUUUCACUGGAGACACCAGCGAUUCGGAAACCGUGAAGAGGAUAGAGAUGUUUAUCAUGCAAUUAGAAGAAGUUCUAAACGGCCAGAAAAAGAUCACCUUGAUUUUGAACGAUCCGGCUGGCAACAGUUACGUGCAAAGCCUUUCCGAUAACGGACCUGACGAUAGAUUGAAGAUCACCAAAUACGACAGAAGCUUCGAACAGAACGAAGAACUUGGGCUCAACGACAUGAAAGUCGAUAAUUAUUAGGGAUAAUUAUUCUACUGAAAGAGACGAAUGUUAGAAGUACUAUUGUUAAAGUACAAAGAGACGGUGAUGGUUAUAGACGACAAAACGUUUUCAACAUAUUAGACUGUCGUCGUUGAUGUAAAAUAGGUUUUAUUGUUGAAAACUUUAUCAUGUAAAAAUACAAAUUUUAUAUUAUUUUCACGGAA